UCUCUCCAGUUCCUACUCUUGUGCUGCAGCAAGAUUUGGUGGCAUCUAGAGCAGCCCUCCCAGUCCUGUUCUAGUAAGGAGUGGUCACAGUGAUCUUUCCUUCCCAUUGCACACAACGGCAAGGCGCUUCUUAAAGGGACCUUCCAGCUCCUCCAUGCCGUCGCCAACCCGAGUAAGUGCAGGCUCAGGAGCCCCAGCUUUCGCCUGAGGAUGAGUGGGGAGGGGUCCUGAGACGCCUCCACCUCCGCAUCCUUCAAAAUCCGGGAAGGAGGCAGCUGACUGGCAGAGUGGAUGGAGACCACGGGUCGGCGGAGCCCGGCUUGCUGUUAGCUGCUUCUUGGGAUGCUCCUCUCCAGUUGAGCCUCCUGCCUAUGAUCCAGAGGGUGCUGGCGGCGCAUCUUGCGGUAUGCCUGCGUUGCUUUGAGCCAGCGCCCAGAAGCCAGCCCUCCGCAUCCAGGCACCUCGGACUGGCUCCAGGCAGGGUUGUGUGCAGUCACCAUGAAGGCUCAGCCCUAGGCUUCUGCACCAGCCUCCUGACCACAUGGAUCUGGCUGUUUAAUCAGCCGAGCUCACAGCCUGGGAAGAUUGGGGAGGCUGAUCCGCGCUCCAGCUGCCGAGACAACUUCCAGCUUGGCUGUUUACUUCUUUGGGUCCCCGGGACUCUGUCCUGAACCUCAGCUUCUCCUGAGAGACUGUGGGCUCUGAAGUCAGCUGCCGGGACUCCUCUGAAGGCAUCCAGGAACGGGGGCAAGAGGGGUUAAAAGACAGCAGAAGUCCCCCCAACUGCUCACCCUCUGCCGACCGCCUGUGCUGUGGGGUUCUGAGAGGACCUUGCGCUGGUCCUGGGAAGCAAUGCAAGUCUCUAUAGCCUGCACAGAGCACAAUUUGAAGAGUCGAAAUGGUGAGGACCGACUUCUGAGCAAGCAGAACUCCACCGCCCCCAAUGUGGUGAACGCAGCCCGGGCCAAAUUCCGCACUGUCGCUAUCAUCGCUCGCAGCCUGGGGACCUUCACCCCUCAGCAUCAUAUUUCUCUCAAAGAGUCCACCGCCAAGCAGACUGGCAUGAAAUAUAGGAAUCUUGGGAAAUCAGGACUCAGAGUGUCUUGCUUGGGUCUUGGAACAUGGGUGACAUUUGGAGGUCAAGUUUCAGACGAGGUUGCUGAACGGUUGAUGACAAUUGCCUAUGAAAGUGGAGUUAAUCUCUUCGACACUGCUGAGGUCUACGCCGCUGGGAAGGCUGAGGUGAUCCUGGGGAACAUCAUCAAGAAGAAAGGCUGGAGGAGGUCUAGCUUGGUCAUCACAACCAAACUCUACUGGGGUGGAAAAGCUGAGACAGAGAGAGGAUUGUCAAGAAAGCACAUCAUUGAAGGACUCAAAGGCUCCCUCCAGAGGCUGCAGCUGGAAUAUGUGGACGUGGUCUUCGCAAACCGUCCAGACAGCAACACUCCCAUGGAAGAAAUUGUCCGAGCCAUGACACACGUGAUCAACCAAGGCAUGGCAAUGUACUGGGGCACCUCGAGGUGGAGCGCGAUGGAGAUCAUGGAGGCUUAUUCUGUCGCACGACAGUUCAACAUGAUCCCACCCGUCUGUGAACAAGCCGAGUACCAUCUUUUCCAGAGAGAGAAGGUGGAGGUCCAGCUGCCAGAGCUCUACCAUAAAAUAGGGGUUGGUGCAAUGACAUGGUCUCCGCUUGCCUGUGGAAUUAUUUCUGGAAAAUACGGAAAUGGGGUGCCAGAAAGUUCUAGAGCUUCACUGAAGUGCUACCAGUGGCUGAAGGAAAGAAUUGUAAGUGAAGAAGGGAGAAAGCAGCAGAACAAGCUAAAAGACCUUUCUCCGAUUGCUGAGCGCCUGGGCUGCACACUACCUCAGCUGGCUGUGGCAUGGUGCCUGAGAAACGAGGGUGUGAGUUCUGUGCUCCUGGGAUCAUCCACUCCGGAGCAGCUCAUUGAAAACCUCGGUGCCAUUCAGGUCCUCCCUAAGAUGACAUCACACGUGGUAAAUGAGAUUGACAACAUACUGCGCAACAAGCCCUACAGCAAAAAGGACUAUAGGUCAUAAGGCAAUGCAUGAGCCACAGAAACUGCAUGGGUAAAAUCAUGGUGGGUAGGCAGUGCAGAACGACCUUACUAGACACUUUUCCAUCACUUAGCAGCUUGCUGCUCAACCUCUGGUGUCCCAGGAUUCUCUGAGGUUUCUGCUGUUGCUACCACUGUGCACCCUGAAUUCUGAACACAUGAAAAUUCACAGCCCAGAAAAUCCAUUCUAUUUUCUUAUCUUGAACUGGUCCCCGAUCCUUGCAUUGCUCUACGCAGCUCAUGCUUCUGCAAUGGAAGGAAGAUUGGAAUAGGGGAGUCUAUUAUCUUCAGACAUUCGUAACUUAAAGAAAGCUGUACAUAUCUAUUUUUUUUUUCAAAAGAGCAAAAAAUCACAGAACAGAACAGAACAGAACAGUAUGUGAGCUACAUAGGAAACAGGAUAUCCUCACUCUUUAGUCUUGCUUGGGAGAACAAACAACUAAUUUACAUAUGUUUUCGUAUUUCAUAUUCACAUUAGUAGGUUUUAAGUCACCUGUCACUCUAAAGUUUCUAGGUACUUGCUUCCACUAUCGUUGAAGUUACUUGUUGCUUGGCCCUGUACAGUUUUUCUGGGGUAACCUGUUAGGAUUCUAGAGUGUCUGUUUACACAUAGAGGUAUAAAAGUAUGACCACCCCAUCUUUACUAGAUACAUAAUAGCUAAUUUAUAAAAGGGUUACAAUGUUAUGGAAACAGCUUUGAAUAUUGUGUUCACUUUUUACAUUUUAUUAAAGCCUGCAUAUAUAUACUUUCAAUCGCUUGUAGGCACAACUUCUGCAAAUUUAAGUAUCUGAGAUUUAAAAAUACACACAUGCUGAGUUUUUUAAUUAAACCUAUAAAUACCGAGAAAGGCAAGUGUCCAGUUUACCACUGGGACAUUACAAUAUACAGCUUGGUAUUUUUUGAGGCGUUAUUAACAUGAAAAGCAAAGCAUAAGCAAUGUAAAAAAAAAUGCCAUCAUUUCUCGGCAUAUGCUGGAUAAAUUAACUUGCCCAGAGAAAAAGCAAAAUAUUCCAAAAGCUCCUAUUCUAUCACACAACACUACACUGUAUGCAUGAGAGCUCUCUGCAUGAAAUAAGGGGCUCAGCUUUGUGUUCAGAAUCUGAGAUACACCCAGUCUACUACUUCGCCUCUCUGCAUCCCACCUGAGAAAACUUAAGACUAUACCUGGAAAUAAGGAGAAAUCACAGGAUGAGUUUUUCUUUCCUUUCUGUAAAGGUGAGGUCAUUUUCUAACUCUAUUUGUCCAUCUGUCGACGGACAAAAUUCUACUUUACCUCUCAGCAAGUUCUCCAUCACUUUAAGAUCUACACAAGAAAUACAUGAACUUAAAAUCAUUUUCAGGUAUUUAUCACAUGGCUAAGUUCUGUAUCUUAAGCUAACAGGGAAAGAUAUCAACAAGUACACGAUUGUUAUUACCUAGAGUGUAAUAGGCAAUUUGGAAGUCCACCCAUGAGUAUGUGACUAAUGAUGGAGACUAACUUUCCAGCUAUUCAUUGUAAAUUUAAUCCACUGAACUACUGUAUGUAUAAAUGAGUAGAGUGCUGUCUAAAGGAAAAUCAAUUCAUUUGCUUAGAGUAAUAAAGGCAUCUGUGCAAUCCCAUAAUAGAUCUUUUGGGUCUUUCAUUUUAAGGCUUAAGAUACAUACAUACAUUCUCUUGUAUAUAAAAUACAAAUAGAAUGUCACCAUGAAAUAAACAAUAAUCAUCUAAAUGAAUUAAAUCGACAGCUAUACUGCGCUGAAUGCUUAACUGAAGUCACAGAGAUCAAAAGGGGCUGAAGCGAGGAAGAGUGGUACACACUCUCACUCCCAGUUCUGAGGAGGCAGAGUCAGAAGGAUCAAGAGUUCAACUUAAACUACAUUAGACCAUCUCUCAGCAAUCCCCAUUCCCACAAAAAACAGAAACAAACAAAUCUGUACUGCCAGCCUUGAGUGCUGGCGCACACACACCUGUAAUCAAAGCUCUUGAACUGCGGCAAGAGGACCUUACGUUUCUGGGCAGCUUGGACUGCACUUAGAAGACAACUUCACAAAUUUACAUGUUUCAUAGGAAAGACGGUUAAUAUAAAACAUGUAAAGAUACUCACAUGGUUCACAUAAAGAACUGCAGAAAAAAACACAUUUUUAAAAACAGUUUAAUCAUACUUGUUAAAAACAAGGCUUUUGUAAGAAUGUUGAGUAUAAAUUCAACCUCCAUUAUUUCAAUUAACUUCAAAUCCUGUUUCAAAGUAUUCUCCCCAAGUUCAAACAAUAUACCAAACAGUACAAGGUGUAAAUUUAGACACAAGACUUAUUAAGCAAUGAAUAAAUCAAGAAAUGAAAAUGCUUAACACUAAUAUUCUACCUAUUACAGAUAUGGGAAAAAAAAAAAAAGCAAGCACUUUUGAGUGUCCUGUUUUACUGGUGUUACAUAGGGGGUCCUUUUAAAACAGUAGCUCUGCCAUAGGAUUUUACUGUAUGUGUCUAACUCAACACUUCAUAAUUCUAUGGAGAAUAGACUAGGGAACAGAGUCCACAUUUCUAAGUGUGAAGGACUCAGACAUUAAAUCCUUUAAGGGAGCCAUCAGAUCUGGCUAUGACUUUGUACACAGAAAUUUCUCUUGGGGCACAGAGACAGAGGACAUUUUGGGAGUUUAAAGCAAAGACAGCUGUAGGAAACAUUCAAGGCAGAAAAAACCUGCAAAAUUACUCACCCAGCAAAUUUUGGUUACUAAUUAAAGAGAGUUAAAAAUCUGAGGCUGGCACCUCUGUUUCACCAUUCCUGAGCUGCUGACAAAAUUAUCAAAUAAUGGUGGUGACCUUCUUCCCACCCACACAGGCACUGCCACCUAGUGGCACACUUGCAGCAGUCACUUAGGAGGAGCUUGAUGUUUCACCCAAUUAUUUUAUUAGAUAAACACCCUGCACACAAACUGUUACCAGCCAAAUACUGAUUAAAACAGAAGAACAAAGCACCCUACCUCAUGUGUGUUACCUAAACACAAUCUGCACUGCAUCUCUUCUCAUCUCCUAUGCGUUCCACAUCACCUGGUGAUGGCACUCAGGUAACAAUGCGCCACAACAAAGAACUGAACACGUCCAGAAGCAUGAGAAGUAAGGUGACCAUAUAAAGACACUCCUCCAGGCUUCCUAAAUUAGUAACGCAGACUACUGAAACUUCAUCUACCAGGACAAAAAUAGCUCAACUCCUGGUAAAUACAUCUUUAAAGUUACAAAUAGUAUCGUAUGUUCCUCUUAAGUUUAUAGGUAGAAACUAAGGAUUAGGAGUAAUUUCCCUUUGAGGUGCCAUUUAUAGGAAGUGCCCAGGUGUGGUGAACAGUAAACAGAAAUAUGAAGUCAAUGACCCUAAGUGUAAAGUUAUGCAAAUCUAGAAAUCUUGGAACAAGCAAUCUGCACAUGUUGUAGGGUGGGGGGACAUGAAGUGAGGCUGCUCUUCUGCUAGACCCCAAAACAUAUGAUCAGAGUUUGCUCAUAAUUGACAGGAAUCCUGGGCAAAAGGGGACAAAUUUGUGAAAGUCCUCAUAGAAAAAUGUUGACAAUCCUUUUAAACCACUGUAAAUUCCUUGGAGAGGUCACUGCAUUCCAGGGCUAAGUUCAUAAAAAGUCUUUUGGUCUCUCAAGUGUCAAUAAUCAGGAAAGAUGUGCUUUCUCACUUACGAUUAUGCCUGUGGUGCUGAGAGCCUGCUCACAGAAAACAAUGAUUCCAGUGACUUCACACAUCAAACCAAUAAGGCAGGGUCAAGCUGACCUCCCUACCGCCCAGGGCCAAAGCCAUACCGCCGAACAGUGUGUGCUUUAGCUUCACAGGCCAACACUCGUAGCCGGGUACUAUUUUUAGGUCACUACCUUGGCUGCCUUUCUUUAUUAAAAAAAAAAAAAAAAAAAAA